AUGUUGUCAUCUCUUCUCCUGCCUCUGCUGCAGGAGUUGGGAGGAGAGGAGCCAGCAUGUCUCCAUGUGCUGAACCUUCUUGUGGACGGGGACCUGGCAGGGACGCAAGGGGCAGAGCUGACAGAAGCAUGGAAUCACUUGUUUGUAAUCCUUCCACAGAAGGAGAAGAUCUGGGGGCUUUAUCUGAACUGGAGCACUGUGAUUUCUGCCCCUCAACCUGCCAGAGCCCAGCUCAUUUCUGAGCAGGUGUCGAGGAAGGAACUUGUAACCUCAGCUCUUGGGCAGUAUCACCUAGUGCUAGGGCAGCUGAUUGCCGUUUAUGACGAACAAGAAGCUCCCCGUAAGACUGAUGGCACCAAUGGGAAUUUGAAAGACAGAAAUAGCCCAGACUCCUUUGAGACAGAGGUAGCGACUCAACUGGCUGCAUUUCAGCCCAUUGGUGAGAUUGAAGUGACUCCUUCUGCCCUAAAACUGGGCACACCGCUUCUGGUACGGAGGAGCAGUGAUCCAGCUUUGGGUGCACCUGAUGACUUCCCAAGUGCUUCUCAUCCCAGUGACUAUGGCCUCAAGCAUGUCGUGGCAGGUGCUUCCCAGGCAUCCUUUCAGGAUGGGGAGAUGAACCUCUCUGGACCCACAGAACAGCUGUUGCCUCAGAGGGCCCGGCUCCCUAGCAGUGAAAUGACAAAAACAGUGGAGAUUUCUGGGGAAGGUGGACCCUUGGGAAUUCAUGUAGUGCCCUUUUUUUCAUCCUUGAGUGGAAGGAUGCUGGGACUCUUCAUCCGUGGUAUUGAAGAAAACAGCAGAUCUAGGCGUGAUGGUCUUUUCCAUGAAAAUGAAUGCAUUGUGAAGAUAAACCACGUGGACCUUACAGAUAAAACCUUUGCACAGUCUCAGGACAUCUUCCGUCAGGCAAUGAAAUUUCAAAGUGUCAUCUUGGAAGUCCUUCCUCCAUAUAACCGAGAACAGUAUGAGAAGUCUGCUAUUGCUCCUCUUUGUAUUCUGAAUAAUGAAGAAGGAGUUACAAAAACAAAAAUUCCACCUCCUCUUCAUCCAAAACCUGCUGUGAAAACAAUUAGUAUUUCUGGAGCAAGCUUGGAGUCAGGUGUACAGGGAACACUGCAGCAAGCUAAGAGCCCCAACCUCCCACGUCUGGGUAGAAAGCCUUCUUCUCCCUCACUGUCUCCACUUAUGGGCUUUGGCAAUAAGAGAAAUGCAAAGAAAAUAAAGAUAGACCUGAAAAAAGGUCCAGAAGGACUUGGUUUCACGGUGGUUACCAGAGACUCUUCACUACACGGUCCUGGUCCAAUCUUUGUGAAGAAUAUUUUACCAAAAGGUGCAGCAGUAAAAGAUGGUCGUUUGCAGUCAGGAGACAGAAUCCUGGAGGUGAAUGGACGGGACAUCACCGGCAGGACCCAGGAAGAGCUUGUAGCUAUGCUGAGGAGCACAAAGCAAGGCGAGACUGUCUGUCUGAUUGUGGCUCGUCAGGAGGAGGCCUUUCUACCUCGAGAGCUGGAGCAUAAUGGCAGUUUUCAGCCCUGUAAUUGGGUGUUUGUUGUCAGUGAUUCCCAAAGCACCAAAGUUGGUCAUUGUGUUCCUCUGCUGAGUAAGCCCUGA